AUGGUUACUUUUACAUUACAAGAUUUAAACAGAAUCUAUGGUCCAUUUGUUGUCACCAAAGAUGUUAUUGGGAACAGAUACCUCCUCUCCAUGACAUGCUACACGACGAUUGGAACAUUCCAUGCAGAAACAUCUCAGCAUAUCAGGUGGUGCAUCAGAACAGGGAAAGACAAACACUUUCAAGUCCUUCCUUUGCAAGAAAAACCGAAUGAGGAAAUAUUCAAGACAUCUUUUGGAAUAAAAUUCAAGAGCAGUGUUCUUUAUCAAUUGUCAAAGAGCCUAAGAAAUGUAGAAAUUAUCUGCGAAACUAACUUUUCAAGUGAUUGUGGAUUUGGAUCCGUUCAGGAAAGGGUUUUCCUAAACAAUGACACACACGAUUGCAAUUGGACAAUUAGCUCAAACCGAAGUUCAACGCAAUUUUAUUUGGGAAUUGGUGGAAUGGUUAUAGGAGGUACACUUAUCUUUUUGGCAGUCUUGAUUUUUGUGAAAACCUGGAACAAUGGAGGUAACAAAGAAAUGUAUAAAGAAGACAAUUCUGCCUCCAAUGAAGGUCCCCGAUGUGUAAAUUCAAUAAAACCAAGCUCAAAAGAAUCAGAGAUUCCUAUACAAAAUGUACAUCAGCAACAGUCUCAAGAACAAUUACUUGAAGAAAUGAUGUUGCCAACAGGAGAAAGUUCAGCUGUACUAAACACCGACAGAGUGCAAUGUGAAUCCAUGUACUCACACAUUAAUGCAGAUAUCUACGACUUGGUCAGUUACAGCAAAACUGAAGAUCACAUCUAUCAAAAACAAGAAGUGGUACUUAAGCAGGUAGAAACAAAUGAGUAA